AUGAAUACUGCAAAAGCAAUCUGUCCACAAUUCAUCUGCGAAAAAUAUCAAUUCUUGAAUCGUACACUUGACGAAUUCUAUCAUUGGAUUGAUCGUGAUGUUGACAAAAACAUGAUAAUUUCUCGCGUUGAACAAAUUCUAGAUGAUGAAUUUAUAAAUCUUGACGAAUUUGCCCAGCAUUUAGUUUCGUAUCACACAGCAAAAAAUAUGCUACCUUUUAUUGGUUUUCUAUUCGAAAACUUCGUCACCCUUAAAUUACAUGACAAGAAUGAAAUGUCGGCAAAAAGAUACGCUAUGAAAUAUUAUGAAACAUCGGCAAAAAACGAAAAUCAAUACGGGCAACUCUUUCUCGGCAAUACUUUGUUUGGGAAUCAUUCAACAAAGAAAGCAAUUUAUUGGUUAGCAAAGGCAGCAAUUCAGGGAAACAUCCCAGCAAAAGUAAAGUUGACGAUACUUUUUAUCAGCUCUCAAACAAAAAUCUAUAGAGCAUUAAAGAAUUACUCGGGAAAUUUAAUUGCUCAAAAAUAUUUAUUUUAUAAAUUAAGACGAGGAGAAGGAAUCCUAAAAGACUUGCACCGAACACUUUUAGUUUCCUAUCAUCUAUUCAAUGAUGAAGAUAUUUCAUGGCAUGAAAAAGACGCCAUUUUGCGACAAUUGCAAUUCUUAUUUCGAAAAAAAAUUUAG